CUUUAAUCGAAAGACGACAACAGAAGCAGCCUCAUUAUCUUUUAUCUUCAUCAUCAGCCGUAACCUCUCAUUAUAAUCCUCCGCAGGAUUCAAUAAUGGGUCCCCCAGGUUACCCACCAGCAACAGGACAGGGUCCUUCAAUCAAUAUUCCUAUAGGCGAUGGGAAUGAAGGUACACAAAAUAUCAUCUCUCAGAUGAGAACUGUGUUUACUCUUGAAGACCCCUACCAAGGAUCAACAUUGAUGCAGGAGGAAGCUUACCGUGACCUUGAACGACUUUCCUGCCGGGAUGUGAAAGAUAUCAUCAAGUUUCUUAAUGAUUAUCUUCAUCUUGCAACAAAGUCAGGACGAUUAUUCAUCGGAGAAGAGUUAUCCUCAAAGCUUUGGUCAAAAAUGCCGGGAGACCUUGGUGAAAGAAUUAAGAAAGGAUUUGCAGAACGACAUGGAGCAAAUACAAUUGGCGUCGUUCCCCGAAUUCUUUAUGCUUAUAAGUAUCUGGAAGCUGAAUGCAAGAAUGCGGCGUUCCAGAAGUCACUUCGUAAUCUGGACUUCUGCAGGGAAAUCCCUAUCCCUGGGUACUACAAAGAACCAGAGAAGAAGUAUGGUGUUCGAAAGGCUACCACCUACAAAGGAAAGCCACAUAAUUCUCACGUCAGAAUUGACAAGAGGAAGUAUUUACAAAAGUCAAAACAUUGUAAAUGCUACUUAUGUGGAGAGGAAGGACAUUAUGCACGAGAUUGCACGAAGGAGAAGAAAAAUGUCAAAAGGGUAGCUGUGUUUGAAAAUCUGAGUAUCCCUGAAGACUAUGAUGUGAUGUCUGUAGAGCCAGGAGAUGAAGACUCAGAUGCAAUCUACUCAGUAUCAGAAGGGAUUGAUGAUACUGAACAAAUCGGAGGAGGUUUGACAGAAACAAUUUAUAUGCUUCGAGAAGCUGAUAAUGUUUAUUGGCUUGGCAAGGAAGGAGGAUAUCGGGCUCAAGUUAAAGUCUCACCUGAGAUCUAUCACUGUCAACAUGAAUGGGAUCAACAAAACCCAUUACCUGAAGACAGGAGACCAGAAUGCACUACAUGUAGAAGGGAUUUAUCCUCAUACUCGAAGGCUUUCUGCAACAGAUGUAAUGCCUUAACAUGCGCACUUUGUGCCAAGCAUUACUUCAACCUCACUACGUUUAUAACUCGGAAAGCUCCAAUUCCCUACAAUCAGAAGCCAUUGUUACAGGAGCAGCAGGAGUAUAUCCGGUGGUGUGAAGCUGAGAUGAAGAGGCUACGAGAAGAAGCUAUCCAAUAUAAGACUGAACUUGAGGAGCUCAAGUUAGUAAUUCAGCUUCAAAAUGACGAACGAGAACUAAGACAAAAAGGAAAGUACAAAGAAGAAGAAAUACAGGAGUUGGAAAGAGAAGCUGAAGCUCAUGUUCAAUUUGAAGAAAGCCUUUAUCUUUGCAAACUGCGGAUAUUCAGUUUCUGCUUCUUUGUCUACUUCCUCCAUCAUAGCAAUUAUAUUGAGGGUUGAGUCAGAUUCUUCUUCAUCAUGUUGAUAUCCCAAAGGAUCAUGGAACUCCUGUGAAUCAUCUGAAUCAUCA